AACUGCCAACUGCCAUCAACCAAUUCCCUCACCUUCUUCAACUGCCAACAUACAAUUUCUUCACAUCACCACCAUGCGUUCCAGCAACGGUAACACUGCAUCAAGCAGCAGAGCCUCUUCUUCUUCUGCAGCAACAGGGCGCCACCCUGUGUAUCGAGGAGUGAGGCGUAGGAGUAGUGGAAAAUGGGUUUCUGAAAUCCGUGAGCCCAAGAAGCCCAACAGGAUUUGGUUAGGGACAUUUGCUACACCUGAAAUGGCAGCUAUUGCUUAUGAUGUGGCAGCGCUUGCUCUUAAGGGUAAGGAUGCUGAACUUAACUUCCCUAACUCCGCUUCUUCCUUGCCCGUCCCUGCAUCUUCCUCUGCCCGUGAUAUUCAGAUGGCUGCAGCUAGUGCUGCAGCUGCUGUUGGGGCAGCCAAUGAUGCAAUAACGGGCAUUGAUGGAAGCCGAGGAGGGAACGUUUCAGUCUCUGUCGCACAAGAGAUUUCAGGGGGGAAUCAGUUUGUGGAUGAGGACUUGAUCUUUGAUAUGCCUAAUAUUCUGGUCAAUAUGGCUGAAGGAAUGUUGCUUAGUCCUCCUCGUUUUGACAUUGCUGGUAAUGAAUAUGAAUAUGGUGAAGAUCCUAAUCUCUGGGGUUUCCCUUACUACCCUUAA